AUGAGAGACGAGAGAGACAAAGAUCAGAGAGACGAGGGAGACAAAGAUCUGAGAGACGAAGGAGACAAAGACCUGAGAGACGAGAGAGACAAAGAUCAGAGAGACGAGGGAGACAAAGACCUGAGAGACGAGAGAGACAAAGACCUGAGAGACGAGAGAGACAAAGAUCAGAGAGACGAGGGAGACAAAGAUCUGAGAGACGAGGGAAACAAACAUCAGAGCGACGAGGGAAAAAAACAUCUGAGAGGCGAGGGAAACAAAGAUCUGAGAGACGAGGGAGACAAAGAUCUGAGAGACGAGGGAAACGAAGAAUUGAGAGACGAGGGAGACAAAGAUUUGAGAGACGACAGAAACAAAGAUCUGAGAGACGAGAGAGACAAAGAUCAGAGAGACGAGAGAGACAAAGAUAUGAGAGACGAGGGAAACAAAGAUCUAAGAGACGAGGGAAACGAAGAUUUGAGAGACAAGGUAAACGAAGAUCAGAGAAACGAUGGAGACAAAGACCAAGUACAAGACACGAGGGAAACAAAUAUCAGAGAGACGAGGGAAACAAAGAUAUAA